UGAUUAUCAUUGGGAUGCAAAAGAUGAGGCAAAUUGUUUCUGUUGCCUUGUUGUUUUAGGAGAUUUUGAAGGUUGUGAACUAUAUUUUCCCCAGCUCCAGAUUGUGGUGGUGGUUCAGCCUGGGCAAGUUGUUGCAUUUUCCUCACGUUUUCUACUUCAUGAUGCAAAGGGUAACGUUAACAAUCCUCAACAAAACCUCUCUGAUGCUAAUGGAUCAAACAACUUGACCAACCUUACGAAACCAAAAGCAUUCCAAACUUGUAUCUCAUCUGCAUCAUCUGAUAACAGACAAAGGGGUGUAGAUUUGGCACAUGCUUGUCAAGGCCUAAAGGCAGAAGAUCUGCUACCUAAUUCAUAA